AUGACAUCAAUUGGGAGACAGACUUGCUAUUUUGUUCUCUGUCUCCUUGUCCUCCUCUCUGUCCUUCUGAAUGCUCGCAUCUUUCUUUCUGGAACUAGUUUGCUAGAAGAAGGAGCGCCGCCAACGACUCUCGACUCGAGUUUAUUGGCAGUUUGGUCGUCGUCCAACACUCCAAACAACACAAAUGAUGCGACGAUUGCCGAGGAACUAUCACCCUCUAGUAGCAAUGUGAAAGAGGCAACUAACAGAAAUACUAGAGACAGAUCACUGAUUUGGAAAGAUGGUUGUCAAGUGUGGGACGAUGAAAUAAAGUCAAUGUCGAGGAUGAGGCCCAAUAAUGAUUCCACUGCUACCAUGAGCAUCAAUACCAAGCCACCCACGGGGAUUGCUGUGACAUUGGCCAAGCGAAAGAACAAACGGGGAAAAGAUUUGUUGAAUCUGCUGUGUCAAAAGAUUCCGACGCAACAGGCCUACUUUUACGAGCCCCAAAACAUUGAUCUCUUGAUUUUGAUUGAAAUUGAAAGCAUUACCUAUCAACAAGUGGCCGACUGUCUAAAACUGCAAGAGGUAUCGAAAGGGCCCCUCAAGUGGCUCAAUUUGGAUGGAUCCACAUUGACAACCUAUGAAUAUCGCAGCAGCAAAAAGGCUAGUCGUGAUGGUGGCAAUCCUAAAGUCUACUUGGCACCAUUUGAAAUGCAAUAUCCAGAGUACAUUCAGCAGAAUGCAAGUCGACUGACCGAGAAAAUGGAAGGAUGCGAUCGUGGAACCGACUUUGAAGAUUAUGUGCAAGGAACAAGGUACUAUUCCAAUGAUGUCCUGCAGCUAAAAAUAUUGAAAGGCUACGACUAUCUCCUCAAGGUGGAUCUGGACAUUGAGUUUAAAGGAGACCAACUCUUCCCCUUCCACUUGUUGCACGACAUGAGACUGAGGGGUGCCAUCUUUGGCCAUUCGGGUGAGUUUCUACCAAAAGGGUUUGGUGGAUGCACCAAGAAUAUCAAUCACGUUGUGGAUAGCUUUGUGGAAAUGGCGUCCAUGGUCAAUGUCACUACUGGUGACGACGACAACGACAAGCCUACCUGGGCUCGCCAAUCCAACUGGAAGAGACCCUGUUCGGCAGGGGUCGAGGAGUUUGAUCGGGGCAAAGAUCAAUAUUACACCAAUUUGGUGGUCAUGUCUGUGGAUUUCUUUCAGAGUGAACAUGUCCGUGCCUACGGAAAGUGGAUGAAUGAGUAUUAUCCAGGCUUUUUUCGAUAUGGCUGGACCGAUCAACUAUUCUUUCAUAAAGCAAUGGGGUUAUUCCUUGGACCAGACUUUCGAGAGUACGUUGCAGACUAUACAGACUUUCGCUGCAAAAAGUUUGCCACGUGUUGGUUCCCUUGGGCUGGCAUGGGCAAGAAAACAAAGACGACGCCCUCUCACUUUUGUGCCGCUGGUGGCAUCUUCCAUCACGGAAAAGCGCGAUCUGUAUUCGGACCUUUCAAUGGGAGGUUUCCUAACGUUUCGACUCCAUUGGCUGCGAGACCAUAUGUCAGUCAAUACCAACAUGAUUGCAGCAAUAUAUGA